AUGUUUGGACUAAACAAGCCUGUAUUUGGUGCACAGCCGUCUUCAUCAUUCGGAGUUCCCGCUUCAAGUGCGUCGAACGCGUUUUCUUUUAAUGCAGCCAAGACUACUGCGUCUACAGGUUUCGGUUUUGGAACCCAACCUGCGUCCACGGCAUCUACAUUUUCCUUUGGAGGUCUCUCAGCUCCAUCUACGACAAAUAUUUUCGGAGGGGCCGUUUCUUCCAAGCCACAGGCGUUCAGUUUUUCUACCUCAAAACCUUCCUCGCUGUUUGGAAAUCCGCCAUCGACAAACGCAGCCACUACAAAACCCGGCUCCUUAUUUUCGUUUCAGUCUACUCCCCAAGCACAAUCCUUUCUUGGACAACAGACAGCCAAUGCCUUCGGUAGUUUUAUGACAAACUCUACCUGAAACUUUUCCUUCUUUAAAGAUCGCCGUUCUAUUCUGAGACAGUCUCCCAUUAAUGGGAUAGCAUUUAGUCGCCCAGGGCUAGACAUUUGCUAGCCCGUUUGACUUGCGAGCUAGUGCAGGGCUAGUAGCCUGGCUGGCUGACAGUGCUUGCUCUGUGCGAGGAAAGGAGCUUUUCUGCAACACCCCUUCCUUGAUGCUCAGUCGAGUGCAUUUUGCACGUCACGCUGGAGUCCCUUUGCGCAUACGCACGCAUGCAGGGCGCACGCACGCACUUUGUCCGGAAUUAAGGCCCCUGUCUGGCGACUUAAAUCGCCUCGGACUACAACGCCCUCAAAUCGCCCAAGAAGGCGCGUCAACCUACUAUCCGCUAGGAUUGUUGAAAAAAUCCGGUUAAUUGCAAUACUAGCCCACUACCGGGCUAGCCCUGGGCGAGUAGAAUGCUAUCAGGGUUACUCCCCGUUCACAUACCAUUGUCCCUGUGAUCAUGUACAGAGGUCGUGUUGAUGAUGCAAAAGUACCUCCAAUUUCACAAGUGAUAAAUCGUUUUCUGUGCAGGUGACCGAUAUUUUUCUUAAUCAGACAGACGCGUCCUGUAUCCGCGCUAAAUACAUUCGAGUAAUAAUCGCUUAAGUGGUCGGCCGAGAUUUUUGCCCUAAAUGUGUUUGAUUUAGGUUUGGUAAGCAGGUAUUAUCUAUUUCACCGAUACUUUUUCCUGGAGUGCUUAUCUUAUUUGUCUCUUUGAAUGCGCUUUUAAAUUCGUGACACCUGUCGCCUAAGAUUUCUCUGCAUUGCCACAAUCGUUCGGAACUUAUACUUGUUGCUGGCUUAAAUCCUCUGUUCGGUUCCUUUAGUGAUAUUCCUUAGCCGACUCUCUUCUUCAUCUCAACAAUGAUGAACUUUCUUAAUAUUUCAAGCAUUUUUUCCCCGGUAUGAAUUGAAAACAAGCAUGUACAGCAGAAUUUAUUGGGGCCAACAAAUUUCGUGACGGCUUUUCAACUGCAACCCGUCUCUGCAUAACAUAGGUAACGAAUGAACGCGCACAGCAUUAUGAAUUUGUACAGAAUGGCAGUGCAUAGGAGCAAGGUCAAAGUUCAAAAUAAUCAAUAAUCAGCUAAGACGUCCACAUAAGCAUCAAAAAGGAAAAAAGGAAGGCGAAAUGUUAACAACAAAUCACAGUCAGAGGAAAAUAGAGGUGUGAGAUUACCAGGGCAAUUGCAGAUUGAUCACGUGAUCUAACUGCUUGCACAGGUCUGGUUUCUCCCUCCGUAUGUAGGCUGCUUCCAAAUAACGCAAGGUUCGAGUUGUACGUGCUCGGACAAGUACUCGAAAGGAUGCUUUAGGGUCGACAACAUGACCGCUAUCUAACAGGUGUUUCGUUAUAGACGAACGGGGGGUUCUAUUUUCCUGUUUGAAAAGCCAAUUAGGCAAAUGCUCAGCGGCCCUGGUUGCCAAUUGCCUUUGCGUUCGCCCAAUGUACUUGCAUCCGCAAGUGCAUGUGAAUUCAUACACACAAUUGGGGGUGGCGUGCAUUGGCAAGGCAUCCUUUGCCCGGUUAAUUGGAAGGCUUUUUGUGGAACUGAUGAAGAUAAGCUCUGCUGCGUUGUACGUUCUUUCUAUAGUGCAACACAAGCGUCGCUUGAUUGUGUUUGAGACGUUGUCACCCUUAAAAGGUAGACAUAUUAUAACGGGCUUCUUCGGAACGGACUGUUCCGUCAAUUUUGGCCGUAAAUGGUUGCUGUACUUCUGAAUGAAGCGUGCAGGAUAACCACGAUUAAGUAAGGCUUCUUUGAUACGGGCACGCCACCCCCAAUUGUGUGUAUGAAUUCACAUGCACUUGCGGAUGCAAGUACAUUGGGCGAACGCAAAGGCAAUUGGCAACCAGGGCCGCUGAGCAUUUGCCUAAUUGGCUUUUCAAACAGGAAAAUAGAACCCCCCGUUCGUCUAUAACGAAACACCUGUUAGAUAGCGGUCAUGUUGUCGACCCUAAAGCAUCCUUUCGAGUACUUGUCCGAGCACGUACAACUCGAACCUUGCGUUAUUUGGAAGCAGCCUACAUACGGAGGGAGAAACCAGACCUGUGCAAGCAGUUAGAUCACGUGAUCAAUCUGCAAUUGCCCUGGUAAUCUCACACCUCUAUUUUCCUCUGACUGUGAUUUGUUGUUAACAUUUCGCCUUCCUUUUUUCCUUUUUGAUGCUUAUGUGGACGUCUUAGCUGAUUAUUGAUUAUUUUGAACUUUGACCUUGCUCCUAUGCACUGCCAUUCUGUACAAAUUCAUACUGCUGUGCGCGUUCAUUCGUUACCUAUGUUAUGCAGAGACGGGUUGCAGUUGAAAAGCCGUCACGAAAUUUGUUGGCCCCAAUAAAUUCUGCUGUACAUGCUUGUUUUCUUAAUAUUAUCAUUGGUUAGAGAACGAGUACUUUAUGUAACUUUGGGCUCUCGGUUAUUUGUACUGGCGGAUUUUAUUUUCUUAUUAGCUUUUGUCGUCUUUGGUAUGUUAAAAAUUUCCCUCUGAAUUUGGUCUAUAUAGGCCUCCAAAAUACCCAACUACAACAACAACAACAACAGCAGCAGCAACUACAACAACAACAGAGUUCUGUCAACGCCUUCUACGCAUCAUUGUCACAACCCCUCCUCUUUGGUGACGAGCGGGACAACAUAAUAACAAGACUGAACCAGCUCCAAGCAAUGCUUGGCACAGGAACUGGCUAUAGCGCGCUCGGUGCGGUGGUAUAUACGAUGGAAAAUCCCUUUUCUCGGUUUCGGGGCAUCGCAUACAACGUGUUACCUGCAAGCACUGAGGCGGACGGGCUCGUGUGUCUUGAAGUCAACCUCCCUUCAUCAACCGUUCUAAGUCAGAAACAGGGUCUUCAGGACCAUCUCUUUCGGUUACUCGGCGGCCGUCAUAACUUUCAGCUGAUAAUUGAAGAAAUUAGGCCCUCAGCACGUUCCGAAACAAGCACAGAGGUCGUCAUAAAGGUUGUCGAACGACAGGCAUCAGGUAUUCUCGCCUAUUUGGCAUAUACUCCCGCGAACUAUUUUAAAGGACGAUGUUUUGGCUAUCUUGCUACCUGAUAGGGUUUCUUUGAAUGCAUGGUAAAGCACACACCUCGAGUGGAGGGUGUGAGACGGUCGACUACUCAGGUUUCUCAGCGUUCUUUGUCAUUAGGUAAUUCGGGAUAUUUAAUAAUGCCUUUCCUGGUAUAUUUUAGGCUCAAUUCAUACGAUUCCAGCGAGUGACUUAGCCAACUAUCUCUGCGGCCCCACUGUAAAGCAAGAACUCCAAUCUCAACUCUGCAUCACCCAGUUAACCCCCGAACUUGCUCCCUCUGCGUCUCAGAUAAACGUCUACUUGGAAACGCCUCCAGCUGGCCUGGAUCGACUCGUCUGGCAGCAGGUCACCAACAUUCCGUCAUAUUUACUCAUUGUGAUAUUUUGUCUAUGGACAACUCGAGCGUCUAUAUGGUCUCCUGUCGAUAAUUUUCGCGGUUAAGACUGUCAGGUCUCUGUCCUCGUGCUUUUUUCCUCCAACUUAGGCGCUCCAUUAACCGAUGUCCUCAGGGUUCAGUCUUGAUAUGAGUCGUUCUGUUCCGUAUCGGACUUUGUUGGUGGUGAGAAUAGCCAGUCCGGGAUAACCCAAGUUACUGCAGAUAUGAAACACGAUAGUUUGACCGUCCUGGGCGACAGCGUCCACCGCCGCCCCAUAACUUGGGCUCUGAGCUUACUUGCACGGCGUCCACCUCAUUCCCUUUCCCAUCACCCUCCGUGCUCUGACAGCAACUCAAAGUCGAAGCGACCCGAAGAUGGAUAUGGGUACAGUUGCUGAAAAAACUAAGCAACCCAUAUACGCGCGCCACACACAGCCUGAUCCCCAGCAUGUAUCACGCUGUUUUAGGUGGGGUUCUUUGUAUCCCACAUAUUUAUGACCUGUAUGCCCGCAGUUAAUAGCUCGUGCACAUAGCCAAGCCCGUUUGAGAGGCACGCUGCACAUAAAAACUUGCUGCGGAAUAGUGUUUUCGGACAUUGUUUUGUAAAAAAGCUGACUCGUACCUUAUCAUAUUGCACCACACAUGGCUUAAAUGUUGGAAUUUCCUUUAUCCGCGCACUGUUUAAAGGAAACACGUAGGACCCGAUAUAGUUUAUCCCUAAGGAUAGAGCGUUCGAAAUAGUGGACCAUGUUCUUCCUAGAUAUAUCAAAUUGCCCCCUUAAUUUUAGGCGCGCGCCGACAAUCCAGCCCCAGAUCGCCUCAUUCCCGUCCCAGUCGUAGGUUUUGCUGAUUUGAAGCGACGCCGGGCGGACCAACUGCUCUUUGUCGACCAACAGAGGAAAUCUGUUAAGGUUGGUCUCCGAGUUUAA